AUGACAAAGGUUAAACACACAGCUACAAGUUCAAGCACAUCUGCCAUCAAAAAACAUAGGGUUGAUGAGGAAGACCAGUCAAUCGCUCAAAGUGGUGAGGAUAACAUGCCAGAUCAUGAAGUCACCACUGCAACUACAGAUCAAAGGGAAGAUGUCAAAAACCCUGAGCGAGGCUAA